AGACACAAGUCUUUCUAAUUAAUAUCUGAUGUCUUCCCGUGCAUGUAUUCGUGAGCCUGACUGGGCCGGACGCAGCUUGAGUCACUGCGAUUCCGGAGCUACACCAUUAAUAAUUCUCCCCACGGGGACCAUCACUUUACUGCUAUCUACCACGUCACCGCUUCUUGAUCUUUUUCUUUUUGUCGCGCUUGAUCAUUGAAUAGAGUUGUACAUUAUGUCGUCACACACCGCAUCGCAACGCUACCUGAGCACCCGAGGAGGAUCUUACGAUCUCUCUUUCGAGGAAGUCGUACUCAAGGGCCUCGCCCCGGAUGGCGGUCUUUUUAUCCCAGAGGAAAUCCCUGCGCUGCCCGACGAGUGGGCGUCAAAUUGGAAAGACCUCUCAUUCGAAGACCUCGCUUUCGAGAUAUUCUCUCUCUACAUCUCCCCCUCCGAGAUCCCGCCAGCCGACCUGAAAGGCAUCAUACGCCGCAGCUAUGCGACCUUCCGAGCGAAGGACAUCACACCCACCGUCACACUCGACAAGGAGAAGAAUAUACAUUUGCUAGAGCUGUUCCAUGGCCCUACAUUUGCGUUCAAAGAUGUCGCGCUCCAAUUCUUGGGCAACCUGUUCGAAUACUUCCUCGUUCGCAGAAAUCAGGGCAAAACGGGCCGUGACAGGGAACAUUUGACUGUCGUUGGCGCGACAAGUGGUGAUACUGGCUCAGCGGCCAUCUACGGCUUGCGCGGAAAGAAGGAUGUGUCCGUCUUCAUCAUGCACCCACACGGCAAGGUCAGCGCGGUUCAGGAAGCACAGAUGACAACCGUCAUGGACGCCAACGUGCACAAUCUGGCGGUGGAUGGCACAUUCGACGACUGCCAGGACUUCGUCAAGGCUCUCUUCGCCGAUCCUGAGAUCAACGCGACGCACCGCCUCGCCGCUGUCAACUCCAUCAACUGGGCCCGCAUCCUCGCGCAGAUCACCUACUUCUUCUACUCCUACUUCAACCUCAUCAAAUCCGACUCCUUCCUCCCGGCUUCUACCGUCCGCUUCGUCGUGCCGACGGGUAAUUUCGGCGAUAUCUUGGCUGGCUUCUUUGCGAAGCGCAUGGGCCUGCCGGCUGAGAAGCUGGUCAUCGCAACAAACGAGAAUGAUAUUCUACACCGAUUCUGGGAGUCGGGUAAAUAUGAGAAGAAGUCUGUACAUGGAAAAAAGGCCGAGGGCGGGCUUGUUGAGGAUGGUGUCAAGGCGCACGAGAGUGGUGUCAAGGAGACACUGAGUCCAGCUAUGGAUAUCCUUGUCUCGUCGAACUUCGAGCGGUUGCUUUGGUUCCUGGCAUAUGAUGUCUACAGCACAAACUCAGAUGCGGUUUCGCAGCGACGGAGUCAGGCUGGCGACCAUGUGCGAGGAUGGCUCAAUGAUCUAAAGUCGAAGGGUGGAUUCAGUGUCGACCAGCAGAUAUUGAAGGCGGCACAGUCAGACUUCGCGUCGUAUCGCGUCAGCGACGAAGAGACGAUCGAUACCAUCAAGUACGUCUUCAGCGCGCCGUCUUCGAAGAGCUAUGUCCUGGACCCACAUUCAGCCAUCGGUAUCGCAGCAGCACUACGCUCCGCUGAAGUCGCGAAGCCGCCAUCUGUACACCACAUUGCGCUUGCAACAGCACAUCCAGCCAAGUUCGCGAACGCAGUGGAGCUAGCACUGCCAGAGCAGAAAGCCUACUUCCAGGAGAAGGUGCUGCCGGUGGAGUUCAAGGGCUUGGAAGACAAGCCACGGCGAGUCAGCCACGUCCAAAGGUCGGACGGCUGGCAAGGUGUUCGCAAAGUCGUCAUCGCGGAAGUUGAGGUUGAAUUACAGGCCGCUGAAAGGGCAAGCAAAUAGAAGAUGCUGCGGAAAGAAAAGCAUUUCACGGGUCAGAUGUAUCGGCUU